AUGGAGCUCAGUCCACUCUCUGUGAUGCUCUUGCUGAUUUCACUUAUACCAGUGGCUCAGGCUGAAGGGAGUCCUAAAGCUGUGGUGUCAAUAAACCCUAAUACACAUGUGUUCAUUGGAGAGACUGUUACUCUCAGAUGUGACAUACAGGGAGGAGGAGACACUCAGUGGACUUACAGAUGGGAAAAAAAAAAUAACGGUUUUACAGGAGAAAGACAGAAAUUAUACAAAGACAACACAAUGCAAGAGUUCAUAAUCUGGUCUGUUAAAGACUCUGACAGUGGUACCUACACCUGCAGAGGACAUGGGAGAGACUCUCAGAGUUCAGAGAUCAGUGAUGCUGUUACACUGACUGUAUCAGAGAGACCACAGGCAGUAGUGAGUGUAUCUCCACAGAGCUGGCUGACUGAAGGAGACUCAGUGACCCUAAGCUGUGAGGUUACAGACUCCUCUACAGACUGGACAUUCAGCUGGUACACAGUUGUUCCCUACAGAGACGGCUUAACUGGAAUAAAUAAUAAUGGUGGCUAUAGCGUGUAUGUGGAGCUCCUCUCAGACAGCAGCAGAGGAUCUGGAGGCAAAUACACUCUCAGUCCUGCUGCUCUUAAUCACACAGGAGUUUAUAUGUGCAGAGGAGAGAGAGGAGAACCAGCCCUUCACUCACAGUACAGCAAUCCACAGCCACUAUGGAUCACUGGUGAAUCUCCUCCAGUCUCUCUGAUCAUCAAUCCCAGCAGAACUCAACACUUUACUGAUGACUCUCUCUCACUGAGCUGUGAGGACCAGAGUAACUCUACUGGAUGGACAGUGAGACGAUACACACACAGUGAGAGAGUGUUAGAUUGUUCACACUGGGGAUCAGUUACAGGAUCUACAUGUAACAUCAGCUUCCUCUCCACAUCCUACACUGGAGUUUACUGGUGUGAGUCUGAAUCUGGAGAAAACAGUAAUCCUGUCCACAUCACAGUGCAUGAUGGUGAUGUGAUCCUGGAGAGUCCUGUCCAUCCUGUGACUGAGGGACAUCCUCUGACUCUACGCUGUUUAUAUCGCAACCCAAAUCCCUCAAACCUCCGAGCUGAUUUCUAUAAAGAUGGAUCAGUUCUCCAGAACCAGACUACAGGAGAGAUGAUCAUCCAAACUGUCUCAAAGUCAGAUGAAGGUUUCUACCACUGUAAACACCCAGAGAGAGGAGAGUCACCCAAAAGCUGGAUCUCAGUCAGACUCAUGACUUCACUUAUACCAGUGGCCCAGGCUCAAGGUGAAUCUCCUCCAGUCUCUCUGAUCAUCAAUCCCAGCAGAACUCAACACUUUACUAAUGACUCUCUCUCGCUGAGCUGUGAGGACCAGAGUAACUCUACUGGAUGGACAGUGAGACGAUACACACACAGUGAGAGAGUGUUAGAUUGUUCACACUGGGGAUCAGUUACAGGAUCUACAUGUAACAUCAGCUUCCUCUCCACAUCCUACACUGGAGUUUACUGGUGUGAGUCUGAAUCUGGAGAAAACAGUAAUCCUGUCAACAUCACAGUGCAUGAUGGUGAUGUGAUCCUGGAGAGUCCUGUCCAUCCUGUGACUGAGGGACAUCCUCUGACUCUACGCUGUUUGUGUCACAACCCAAACCCCUCAAACCUCCGAGCUGAUUUCUAUAAAGAUGGAUCAGUUCUCCAGAACCAGACUACAGGAGAGAUGAUCAUCCAAACUGUCUCAAAGUCAGAUGAAGGUUUCUACCACUGUAAACACCCAGAGAGAGGAGAGUCACCCAAAAGCUGGAUCUCAGUCAGACGAUUAAAACCAUACAGCAUCUCAGGUCCUAGAUCCAGUGGUGGAACAUUAGGACUGGUUGUGGGUUUGGGAUUUUUGUUCAUCGCUUUUCUCAUCUUAAUGAUCCUGCUGUGGUCCCACAAAAGAAAAAAAGAAAAGCAGCCGAAAACCAAACAGACAUCAGAUCGGAAUCAGAACAGGUCAGCAGCUGAAGGCUCUCAGUCAGGACACACACCACUUCAGGCUGGAAGUGCUAAUAUUUAUGCCACUGUGCAUGAGGCAGAUACGAGUGGAACAGGUGAAGCUGCAGCUGAGAUCAGUGAAGCCACUUACGCACAGGUCACGAAGAAAAAGAAGACAAACAGGAACAAUGGUGCUGAUGCUGAUGUGACUUAUGCUGAGAUUGAACUAAAACCAGCGAAAAAAGCAAAGAGAGUAAAAGGAAAGGCCAGUGUAGAUGAUGAUACUGUCUACUCAGAGCUGAAGCACAACAGAGAGUUCACAGGGAAAUUCUUCAGAGCUCCUCUAAGGCCAUUGCUCUCAUAA